AUUGACAUUCGUACUGCAUAGAAGUGCAAAUUCGCUGAGCCACGGAAAAAAAUAUUUUUAUUUUUUAAAAUUUUUAUUCUUAUAGAAAUUAAAACGAAAAAUUUUAAAUAAUAUGUGCAAUUUUUUACCGAAAUAAAUUUUAACAAAUUCAAGUGUUUAUAAGUAAUUUUUAAUCGAUAAAAAGAGAAAUUGUAAUUAAAAGAAAAUUUUGUAAAACGUCAUUCAGUGCUGUGUCAUCAAGUAAAAAGAAUAUAAAAAAAGUUGUUGCAGCAAUAAAUUACGAAAAAAAGUGGAAAAUAUAUUUUUUAUACAUUUUGUUUGAAUAACCAAAACGACAAAAUUAAGAUAGUAAAAUAAAUUAAAAUAACUUGAAAUAAAAGUUAAUUGCGUGGGGUGUGAAUUUAAUAAAUUGGAGCGAUAAAGGCAGCACAACAAUAUUGUGGAAGAAGACUACACCUAUUUUCACCAUUUCUUCUACAUCAAAUUUUUUCCCAUUAUAUUUUCAAAGCAGUCUAUCAGUCAGCAAGCCACAGUCAGUCAUCGUUUCUUUUUUUAUUAUUUGGUUUUCCUAAAUCUAACUCUGCUUUUGCUGCUGCUAGUUACCAUAUCCAAACACUUUACUAUUUGUGUUAUUUUAGUGGUGUUUUAGAGACUUGAGUGUCUGUUUAAUUUAGUAUUUUUUUACGUUUGUGGUGUCUCGUGACGUUCGUUUUAGCAGUGUUGCACAUUCCCAGUUAGAUUUUGGUUGAUUGGUUGGGUUCACUAACUUUUCUCGCCAAACAAAUAACAACAACAUCAGCAACAUUCACCAACUAAAAUACCUACCUACUACUUACUACUCCAUUUCGAAAAUUUUAAAGCAAAAAAUUCCAUUCAUAUUUUUAUUUGUUAAAAUUUUAUUAUUUGCUGUUUGUUAAUUCAGCUUGCUUUGGAGCACUAAACCAAAUAAAUAUAAAAUAAAACGCCAACAUAAAAUAUAAAGUUUAAACAAACAAAGAAUAAAUCACAUUAAACUUAAUUUGCAAAUAAAACAAACAGCAAAACAAACAAAAACAAAUCAAACAAAGCCUUAAAUACAAAACAAGGGCCCGAAAAUGCGAAAACAUAAAGACGAUAUGCAAGUCAAUGUGGCAGGUCUACGUCGGAAUAUAAAAAAUUUAGCCCACAACUACUCUGAUGCCCAGGUUAAAGUACGUGAGGCUACUUCAAAUGAUCCAUGGGGUCCCUCGGCCACUAUAAUGGCGGAAGUCGCCGAAUUAACCAACAAUGUGGUGGCAUUUUCGGAAAUAAUGCAAAUGAUUUGGAAACGUCUCAAUGAUCAUGGCAAGAACUGGCGUCAUGUCUAUAAGGCUCUUAUACUGCUGGAAUAUCUAAUUAAGACUGGCAAUGAAAAGGUGUCGCAACAGUGCAAAGAAAACAUAUUUGCCAUACAAACUCUGCGGGAGUUUGUAUAUUUUGAGGAGGGCAAAGAUCAAGGUACUCAUGUGAGGGAAAAGGCUAAACAAUUGGUAAAUCUGUUGAAAGACGAUGAGCGCUUGAAAAAUGAACGUGUUAAAGCCUUAAAGGCCAAGGAACGUUUUGCUCAAUAUCCAAGUGGUUUUGGCAGUGAUGGCUAUAUAGAUGGUCCCUUACAACGUGAUUUGCGUGACAUGCCGCCUGGCUGGCAAGAGGAACCAGCCAAACCAGUUUCCGAGCUGGAAAUGGUACGUCCUCAAACGGCUGGAGAGGAAGAGCUACAACUACAAUUGGCCAUGGCCAUGUCACGUGAAGAAGCUGAACAGGAAGAGGCCAAACGCCGCAGUGAUGAUGUUCGCCUACAAUUGGCUUUGAGCCAGAGUGAACAAGAUUUUAACGUGCAAAAACAACACGAUGAGGAGCCGCCACAAUCACAUUUAUUGGAUCUAUUGGAUAUACAACUGGGAGCCACUAGUAUUUCCAGUCCCCCCUUAGGUAUAGCCGCUGGCGGCUUAACCAACAACCCUUCGGAUCCUUGGGGUACACCAGCACGAGCGGCUAGUCAAAUGUCUGAUCCUUGGACUGGCACGGCUUCGCCACCCGUUGAUCCCUGGCAACCAACGGCAGCAUCACGUUCCACACCAUUGAGUUCGGCUCAAAUGGGUGCUGUUGGCGGUUUAGGCCUGUCGAUGGCCACCAAUGGCACUAAUGGCGGCGAGGCUUGGGGUGGUUUGCGUACACAAUCACCUUCGGUUACUUCGGGUUCCUCCACAGAAGGCUGGCUACAAACUAAUGGUAAUACUCAGAACUCGACAAAUGUAGCGGGGGCUGUAGGUGGUGCCGCCGUAUCGGCCGAUCCAUGGCUGGGAAAACAAUCAGCUAGUGUGCUGGCAGCUCCUCCCUCUAAUGCACCUUUAGAUGCAUGGUUAUCGGAAAAUGCUAAAGUCACUGCAGCAGUUGUUCCUCCGCCAUCCAAACCGUUGAUAGAAGAUCCUUGGGCACCAAAGGCAUUAGCGGCUGCCAAUGAUGAUCCCUGGAAGAAUUUAGAGAAUACAACAGCAGCUAAGAAACCUUCGCCUGAUAUGGAUGAAUUUGAUAUAAUAACGAAUCGUAAUAAGACUGGUGAUUUAUUAACUAAUGAUUCCACAACAAAUAUCAGCAAUAAUAAUGCACUACUUCUUGAUGAUUUAGAUCCAUUAUCGUCAACGAAUGCGCUUAUAUCUACUACAACUAUUACUACAAAUUCAACUGGAGCAACAGCUAAGAAACCGCUCAAAGAUCCGCAGUCAUUUUUGGGUGAAAAUUCGGGUUUGGUUAAUUUAGAUAAUUUAAUAAAACCUGCCGUACCGCAAACUACAGCAGCCAAUGCAGCAGCUUACAAUCCAUUUAGUGAUACAGUAAUACCACCAAAAACAAAUCUAUUCCAACAACAGCAACCAGCAGUGCCGUCCAUAAAUCAAUUAAAACAACAAAGUUUUCAAAUGACCAUCAAUCAAGAUCCAUGGGCACCUGUUAACAAUACAAAUGUACCAGCUUCUCAGGUAAGCUUUAGUUAAUUUAAUUUAAAAAUAUUUGCUAAUGGCAGUGGCAGCAGCAGCAAUAUGAAUUAUUCUAACAAUUCAACAUUUUCCACAACCAUGAAACAUUCAAAAAGUGAUUAUGAUGCUUUCACUAGCAUCUUUCAAAUUGAGACGGCGGAAAAUGCUCCACCGCCGCCAUCUGUCCCUAAAAAUUCUAUAUAUAAUUUUACAUCGUCCCAUACCAUGGACAAUUUACGCAGUGACUCUUUAAAUGAAGACGAUAGUUUUCUAGAUGCUUCAGAUGUGUUUUAUACACAAACUACUAAAAAUAUAUCCUAUCCCUCUUUGUAUCCCCAUGUGGAAAUUGUUAAUAAUAAUCUAUCAAUGAAUACAAAAUCACCACCUUCUUCUCCUAUACAACAACAAUUAUCGCCCCCAUUUCAAUCAUUCGCUCCAUCAUAUGCACCACCCUUAACGCCCAUAACACCUCAAGAUACCGUCAAUAUCAAUAAUAAUUACAAUAACAACUACAACAAUAACCAAUACUACAACAAAACCAACAACAAUAACAAUUCAUCAAACAUGACGUCGUCGUCUUCGAAUUUAGGCAACGCCGCCACCACGGCUCCAAAAUCAUCUGGUCCCAACUACAGUCAUGUCCUAUCGGCAUCCCUGGCUUCCACUCCUGGAGUAACCAUAAUGCCAUUGAAUAAUAAAUCAAGCUCAGCUUCAAAUCUAUUCAAUUACGGUUUCUAUGAUUCCAAUAAUGACUUCAAUCCUACUACUACUACUACUGCUCAGUGCAAAUUGGAAAACAACAAUAACAUGCCUUGGAUGAAACCGGAAGCAACAGCAUCGAAUCCAUUUUUGUCAUAAACAACAAAAGAAGCGAUAAUUCAAAAUAUUUAUACAUACUAUAAUUUUGUUUAUUAUUUUUUUUAAAAUUAAGUCGAUAAAUUAUAUAUAAUUUUUCCUAGUUGAACAAAUUAAUUACAAUAACAACAAAAAUCAACAUGUUUUAAAUUUUUGGAAAUUAAUUUAUAUACACACUUAUACACACACAUAAAUGCCUAUAAAUAAAUUAUUAAAAGAAAAAGAUUAAAAAGAAACACAAAAAUUAAUUCAAUAAUAUUUUUUAUGUAAAUGUAGAUUAAAACAAGGAUGAUAAUGAUGAUGAUAAAAAAACGAUUAUAAAUUAAUUCUUUUUUAAUCUUUAAGUAUUAUAAUUGUAAUAAAUAUGAAAAAAAAAAUGCUUAAAAAAAGUAAAA